CACAUCUCUUUCAAAUAAAUAGCAUUAGAAAUCUCAAUCUCAGUUCCUUACAACCAGGCCACAUCUCACCACCUAUCCAUCAACAAUCCCACAGCCAAUAUCACUCCUUCAGUCCUUAAAUUCAUAAGCAUAUUCACUGAUUCACACAAACCCACAUCGACCAAAAACAAUCAUAUGGGCAUGAUGGAAGGUUCUUCGCCGACCACCAUGGCUCCUCUUCUCCUCCGAAAUCUGUUGACCACUCUAUUCAUCUAUGCCGAUAAAUCCGUUGUCAACAUAGCCGAAAAAUACAAACUCCUCGAACUCAUUCGCUACACUUUAAUCGCUGCCUUCCUUUUCCUUCUUCGUAUUCUUCCUUCUUUCUUUCCUUCCCUCCUCAACCCUAUUCCCCAAAACCCUACUACAAAGACGACUGACAAUAACUACGUGCCCACAGGCGAUUCGGGUAUUUCUCGAGCACUUUCACAGCUUCUGUCCAUAGUUAAUGACAUCCCAGUUAGCUCUAGAAAGUAUGAAGUUGUUCGAUCUUUAGCAGAGAAGCUUCUUGAUGAGAAUAAUAGGGAAGGUUCAGAGGCUUUACGUGAAGUCAACCGUAAGGUACUUUCAUUGGCUUUUGAUAGGACUCUUACUCAGCUUGAAGCCGCUGUGGUUGAGCAAGGGGGUCACGAGGACCGAGCUGGGGAUGGCGGCUCUGGUUCUGGACCGGUCGAGUAUAGUUUAAGCUGGGUUUUGAAGGUGGUUCGGAGGUUCGGGAUUAGUAAGAAGAGCCCGGUUGGGAUGAACGGGUUGGAGCCUUGUUCGGGUGAGAAACUGGCGGCUGAGUUGUUGUGGUUGGCUCAGAAGUUGGUGGCUUGUGGCUGCGCGGAGGAAGCUGUUUCCAAGUGGGCGGUGGCGUCGAAUUUGGCUUGGUUGGGUCUUUGGGCUCAGCCUCGGCUACAAGGUUCCCUUGUAAAGAUCUCAGCAUUCUUGUUCAAGCAAGCCAAAAAUUUGGGACUCUAUGAAAUUGAAGAAAGCAAGAAAGAGCAACGAAGGCAAACAAAGAAGAAGAUGCUCUUAUCAUGGCUACCAUUGCUAUGUAGAGCAAGCAAUGGCACAGAUGUGCCAAUUCUAAGCAUGAGUGAAAGAGUUGAGCUGGAGAGAGUGUUGGAAGAGAGCAUAGAGAUGCUGGAACAAGAGGAGGACCAAGAGCAGGUUUUGUCUUUGUGGCUUCACCAUUUCACACAUUGCCCCUCCUCCGAUUGGCCCAACCUCCAUGCCUCCUAUACUCGCUGGUGUAAUGCUUCUCGGAAGCUCUUAGUCCUCCAAUGAAAAAAAAGAACUCAUAUUCUGAAUAGAUGAUUAUUAUUUAUUUUAACUAGGAAUAGAUAAUUAUUUUUGGCAUGGUCAAUUUUUACUUUUAAUUGGUAAGAAUUGAAGUGUAGCUAUGUAAAAAGUAUUGGACUAUUUUUUUUUUUUUUUUGAGAAA